AGGGUAUUCCCUCAGCCAGGCAUCGAGAGUCUCAGGUUCUCCUUCCCCCGCGUUGGGGCGCACGCGGGGUCCCUCGGGGACCCCCACCGCAGCCGCGUGCUCCUUUGUGCGACCGAUCCGCGCGCGGGCGGCGCUGCGUCAAGGCGGAGGCGCAUCGGCGCGGCCCCACGCGCACUCCCGCGCGCGGCCCCCGGGAGCGGCAGGAAGGAGGCGGCGCGCGGAGGGGGGAGGCGCAGAACCCAAUCGCUGAUCCCCCGGCCGCGGCGCCGCCUCCGCCAUUGCUGCGCGCGGGAGCGGGCGACGCGGAGCCUCGGAGCGCGCUUGGAGCCCAGACCUGCCGGAGCCGGGCGUGGGGGAUCAGCCUCGUGUCUUUUGCAACCAUGGUGAAGUUGGGGAACAAUUUCGCUGAGAAGGGCACCAAGCAGCCACUGCUAGAGGAUGGCUUCGACACCAUUCCCCUGAUGACCCCCCUCGAUGUCAACCAGCUGCAGUUCCCACCCCCGGAUAAGGUCGUUGUGAAAACUAAGACUGAAUAUGAGCCUGACCGCAAGAAAGGGAAAGCGCGUCCUCCCAAGAUAGCCGAGUUCACCGUCAGCAUCACAGAGGGUGUCACCGAGAGGUUUAAGGUCUCCGUGCUGGUCCUCUUUGCCCUGGCCUUCCUCACCUGUGUCGUCUUCCUGGUCGUCUACAAAGUAUACAAGUAUGACCGCGCCUGCCCUGAUGGGUUUGUCUUGAAGAACACUCAGUGCAUCCCAGAAGGCUUGGAGAGCUACUACACGGAGCAAGACUCCAGUGCCCGGGAGAAAUUUUACACUGUCAUAAACCACUACAACCUAGCCAAGCAGAGCAUCACCCGCUCCGUGUCACCAUGGAUGUCAGUUCUGUCAGAAGAGAAGCUGUCUGAGCAGGAGACCGAAGCUGCAGAGAAAUCAGCUUAGCAAGCUGGGCAGGUUCCUUACGUGUCACUUGAAGGCAACAAAGGGACUUUGAGGGACAUUUCAUUAAAUAUAAUUACUGAUAAUUUAGAGAUUACUCAUUUACGGUGCAAUUGCUUCUGUUUGCUAAUGCUGCUUUGCAAAUAAAAACUUGCUGCGGACCACCCACAGGCAUAAGAACAAGCGCAUCUCAGCAUUGCUUAGAGAGCUUGACACCACUGUUCAUGCUGAGGAGUCUUCAUUUAGUUCCUUCACUGGGAUUCACUGGAUACUGUCAAAAGAUAAUUUACACUGGAUAUGCCAGGGGUCUGGCCACCAGAGCAGUGCAUUUGGUGGUUUUUUGGUUUUUUUUUGUUUGUUUUUUUUCUUUUAUGCCCCUUUUGCUAUCUGCAGACCUUUCUCCAUAGCCAUAUCUUGAGUGAUCCCCUGCUUUGCUGGUAGUAGUGCUGACUGCCAAGAUGCCCGGUUGAGUGGCACAGAGAAGGGAAGGUGUGCGCCACGACGCAGCCCUGCCAGCCCCUACCUGGGCAAUUCUGGGAGGUUCUCUUUGGUGUGUGCACUGAGCAGAGCACGACAAUGGGGUGGGAGGAGCUGGCUCUGGGCCAGGGGUUGCAGAGCCUGUUUUCCUGUGGGUGGGCUGUCCGCUGGUGGUGUGCUAGAUAGGAAGAAAGCCCACUGGUCCUUUUCUUUCCUGUUAUGAAUAUGUUUGCACGUACAGCCCUGUAUGCAGGUGGUUUGGGUUUUUCGUUUUAUUAGCUGGGUGGGCAAAGUGACAAUGUAAUUUUGGGUAAGCCAGGGCUACUUUAGCUUUUAUUCUGUGAAGAGAUGUGACUCCUGUGCUGUGGGAAGGGGGCAAGAUGGCUGUUGGGGGGCUGAUGUGGCACCUUGCAAAUAGAAUAUCUAAGUCCACAAUCUUUGUAAGAAAAGUAUGUUUAUGUUUCAAUCUGAAUCUUGACAUUAAAGUAUAUGUUUACAAAAUCACCAGUAGGUAAGCUAAAUGUGUAAGACAAUUAAAUAGAAAAAGCUA